UCUAUACAUGCUUCGAAUCGUACCAGGUUGAAGAUGACGUUCGGAUAAUCUAUACUCCGUCUGACGCUGACGCCAGCGUGACUCUGCUCGUAUCUCGAACACGACCAGGCACUUUGAAGAUCAGAGACAUUAUCUCUAUCUUCACCGACCUCAAAGGAGUUCAACAAAACAGAUACGACACCACGGGGGACCCAGAAACACAAUGUCGAAGUUAGCAACGUUGGUAUUCGUGCCUGGCGCUUGGCAUAGAACAACAUGCUAUGACAAGAUCGUACCGGCUCUUGAAGCGCGCUAUCACAUCAAGUGCCGCUCAGUCUCACUACCAUCUACGAGUGGCGAUCCAAAUGCAACAUUUAAAGACGACCUUGAUGCUGCCCGUGCGGUCAUUGCCAGCGAAACGACGCAGAGUCGCAAUGUUGUACUCGUAGCCCACUCGUAUGGCGGUAUGGUCGCCAAUAGUGCUAUCAAAGGUUUCACUGGGGGACCCGGUAAUGCUGCAAUCGACUCUUCUGUGUCUCCAGGCCGCGUGAUCGGUCUAGUUCUGAUCGCCUCGGGAUUUACUCUGACAGGAUUGUCCUUCAUGGAUCCCUUCUUCCAUAUUCCACCGCCAUCGUGGCGUGUCAACAAGGAGACCGGGUUCGCCGACAUUGUCCUGACUCCUCGGCAAUUCUUCUACCAUGACAUCCCAGAAGAUGAAGCAGAUGACCGGAUUGCUCAGCUCACGCCUCAGAGUCUGAAGGCAUUGUUCGAGGGGGGAGAGCAUUCAUACGCAGGUUGGCGAGAUGUACCUGUAUGGUAUAUUGGGACUAUCGAAGACCAGGGCUUACCAGUCGCAAUACAGCGAGUACAAGUCGGCAUGGCAAGGGGGGUGGGUGCUCUCGUUAAGCACAGGGAGUUGCGAAGUAGCCAUUCUCCAUUUCUGAGUCAGCCUGACGAGGUUGUGGACUUGUUGGUAGAGGCUGUCGCAGAAUUUACGGGAAAGAGGAUGGAGGGCAGCAAGGCUGAGGGGGUCAGGAACCAGGUUCAAACGCCAGCAGUCACCAUUUGGAGCCCUUCUUCAUGGCUCAAGUAUGGUUUGCCAUUGGCGAUUGGUCAUAUCAUCGGAUGGUGCUUGCUCCUUUUCUACGGAGCCAGGAAGCUAUGGCAGGCUUCAGUCGGCACAAAAGAAAAAUCUCGUUAAUCGUGAAACCGACUCGAUGAACGAUGUAUUACCAUGCGGGUGGUAAAUCUUCACACCUCUGUACAGUGAUGGAUGUCCAAUUAAUGUGCGUUUCCUAA